CACAUGGUCAUUCAUUUCUUGUGCAGAUAUAUACAGUCAAUCGAGUGAUCAGAAAUGCAUAUUAAAUAUUUUUAUUAUUAAAGUUGUCACGUCCAAUUCUCUCAACAACUAAAAUAAAAAUCCCCCACUAAGGCACUCGUAAAGUUUAUUAAGUGAACGAAGACAUCGGAAUAGUUGAAAAUCUACCGGUUACAUAAAAUUAGCGAUUAUUCAACUUUAUAUAUACUAAUACAUAUGCAGAUACAUAUAAGCAUUUAAACACGCUUACACAGCAUAAUUUCGACAUACGACAUAUGCCCCAAAAUAUUAGUUUAUAAGUAUAAAAAACAUGAAGGCCGCCAUAAUAUUCUUGAUAGUUGUUGUGGUUCAAUAUGGAGCAGCGCAAAAGCAGUACACAAAUAAAUUUGAUAACGUCGAUGUGGAUGGUGUUUUGUCAAAUAAUCGUAUUCUAACUAACUACAUUAAAUGUCUUAUGGAUAAAGGUCCUUGCACUCCAGAAGGUCGCGAGUUAAAAAAAUUACUACCUGAUGCCCUACAGACGGAUUGCUCAAAAUGUACAGAUACCCAAAGAAAAAAUUCACAAAAGGUAAUAAAUUUCCUUCGUUUGAAUCGUCCAGGCGAGUGGAAAUUGUUACUAGACAAAUACGACUCUAGAGGAGUUUACAGAUCUAAGUAUGAGAAACAAGGUUAAACUUACUCACAGAGAACGGUUAAAUGUUGAAAUCAAAUUACAUGUACUAUGUAUAGUAUAUACCAUAUGUAUAUGAGAUAGUAAGAAAAUAAAUAUGUUUAUGGUACAUCGCAGAAUCCGUACAUAUAUAGCUAUGUAUCCGUAUUUGCAUUAUAAUAACUA